UUGUUUAUUGCAAAUAAACACUAUAGUCUCUUACUCAUAUUUAGGUUAAUCCUUAUCAGUAUUAGUUGACAUCUGGAUACUUUCCAUUUGAAAUGGGAUUUCUAAGGACGCCCAAUGAAAAUAAAAUCCUACCCGACCCUAAUCAGGUGCCCGUUGCUAUAAUUGAACCUUCAUCCAGUAGUGAUGAGGAGGAAGUGAUUGAACCAAUUCGACUGCCUGAGCAUCAGCCUCGUAGACCUGCCCAGCCAAGACGCAAACUUGUGUUGCAAGCAUUGCAGGAUGGGAUCUCCUGCAGGAACUGCAAAGUGGGCCGCAGAUGGUCUCGUAGAAUUGAUAACAAUGCAUUCCUUCAAAAUCUGCUCAAGGGUGAAGAACUACAUGAUGAUAUAAUCGAACAAGAACCAACAGUGUUUGAGAGACUUAUGUGUAAUGAGGAUGCUAUGAAGGCGUGGGAGAAUUUUAUGUGUCAACCAGAAGAAGAACAGCACGCUUUCCUGACAAAGCAGUUCGCUAAAGUGCGAGAGGCUAAGGCGAGAUGUGCCCAAGAGAUGUCUGAGAAGCAGCCUGAUGGAAGACCUGACGAAGGCAGAAAAUACUUUAAGAGAAUUUGUCCCCUGGUUCAGAAGUUCUUGAACAGUGAAGAGUUGCCUAAGGGGACAUUGCUGAGUUUGGAACCUUGCAUUCAUGAGUUCUUCCUUGCGGAACCCACUGGACAAUACAUCAGUGAUCCCCUUGGGAAUGAUGACAGGAAAGUCCUUCAUGGGCUUGCUCAAUAUAUGGAUCUCAAUUCUCAGAGCUUUAACUCUGAAUUGAGCUGUGAUCAUCGCUGUACCAAGGUGACCAACUCUAAAGACACCUUCACUGCUCCUGCCGUGCUGUUGUCCGAGUUCCUUGGAAUCAGCUGAUGCUGUUAUGAAGCCAACAAUACUUCAGCCGUACAUGUCUGUGGAUUGCAGUUAAAACUCAAAGAUUGUACUUUAAGCCCGAAAUCAUGUAUGGUUUCCAAAAUUACUUGUUCUGUUCAGUCAUAAUAUUUUCACCCAUCAGUGGGUGUUAAACCAUUGUUUGUGUUAACACUCUUAACAGUGUUGAAAACCUUACCUAUUAACACAGUAGGUAUUUGAUUGUUUUCACAGUUAUAGUUUAGUUUUUUCAAGUUCUUUGUGUUGGACUAUGUAAGUAUUAAUUUUAUUUCUGACCACUCAGUUUUAUCAUUUCAACUUUGUUUUUUAUUUCAUGGUAUUUUUUAACUACACCAAAAACACACACUUUUUCCUGUAAUAGCCGACUUAAAUACUCGGUAAGUUUGAGGCGUACACUCCUUCCGUUCUGGAAAGGCUUUAAUCAUUUAUUCAAACCAAACUUUAAGGACACUUUUGUAGCACAACCCUAUCUUGGUUUGUUUUACCUAUUAGGGUUGUAACAAAAAUAAAUAAUGCUAUGAGACAAAACCUCUUUCUGCAUAGAAAACCCUCCUGUUACUAACUGGGGAAAGUUAUUCACGUUAUCUUACUAAUACAUGUUAACAAUACUGUACUGUUUUUAUGCUUAGAGAUUAUUAUGUUUUUUUUUUCAUUGUUCUUAUGGUUACUGUUAUAAACAUCAUGCUACUUGUAUCUGACUUUUUUAUUCAGCGUGUGGAUAACAUUUAAAAAUUUUUUUUUUAAAUACACCAAGAGUUCAAAUAUAUUAUAUAAAAUACUUACUCUAAAUUAAAAUAUUCUAAGCAAAGUAUUGUUGCUAGAAAAGGUCUUGUCUUGGAUAUAGAGGUUCUAUUCUAUCUAAAUUGUAGGAUGUCCAGUGAAUUGAUUGUAGGAUGUCCUGAGAAACGUCAUUUUAAAUUAUCAUUUAAAACACCUCAAUGUGAAGUGGCUCCAAAAUGUUUGAAAGAUUGUCAUUUAUUUGGUUGAAGAUCCUGGAAAUCCUUAUUAUGAGUUAAAAAGUUCAUAAACAAUAAAAGUUUUUUUUAUGCAAUAAGUUUAUUUGUUUGUUAGAUUGCAAGUGUGUUCAUUGAGCCAAGCUUAAUGUUUGUGUAGGUAAUAAGCUUUAUAGUGUUCAAGUUUUACAUUGUGUCUUAAAAUAUUUUGCACAACUUACUUGGCAACUUUUACUUUAGUUUUCUUUCACAAACAUAUUUUUACUCAUAAAAAGUUAGAUCUCAUGUAAAUAGUUGUUUUUAAUCCAGAAAUAUCUAUAAGUAGUAAAGGUUAACCAUCCUCACUGCUUAUUUUAAAGGUUUCAUGUAAAUAUUGUUAUUGUUGACAUUCUUGUGUUAUUAGAAACAACUGAUUCAUAUAGAUGGGAUGUAUAUUUCAGCAAACUACUUCAGAUGUCAAGUCAAGUCAAUGCUAAUAUAAGUUACGUUGAACUGCCUAACAAAUCGCAAGGAGUCUUCAUGCUAUAUGUGUUUUAUACUUUUGUAUAUUAGCAUAACCUGUCCAAUCAACUUAUUGGCCUGAGAUGAUAACAUAUGUGUGAACAGUAAAACCUCAUCAAUUCAGACAAAUGUUGGGUUCCAAGUUGUCCAGUUUUAUGAAAUAAUCUCAAUACCAGGACUGUUUGGAUAUCCUUCUAAAAUAAUUACACACCUUAACCUAAAAAAGAUUGAACAAUGUAUAAAAAUACACAACAUUUGUCACCUUAACAAUAUAAACCCACUCCUUGUCCACUAAACAGCAUGCUGCGCAAAAAAACUGUGCAUGCCUAACUUAACUUUAUGAAAUUUAUGUAAAAUGCUGUCAAAUGGCUGUGUGGAUUUGGAUUACACAAAGUCUGUAUUAGAGGGGUUAGGAUUACUAUGCUUUACUGUAUUAACACUCUCUAUUUGAUUUUUGGUAAUACUGCUUUAUGUAAAACAAAUACUUUUUUAGUGUUAAGUGUUAAAAGGAAAAACUUGGAAAAUUAAACAAUGCUUUUAUCCUUACAAUAAUACAUUCAAAAUGAUAGCCAUGUAGGCACACAUAUUAUGGUAUUUGGAUAAGAAUUUGUGUCAACAAUUUGUCAAAUGUGGAUAUGACCAAAGUAAUUUAUCAUAAACUGGAAACUACAGCUUUCUAUCCAAAGAAAUGAUACUGGCUUGGACAUAGUAGAACGCAAAUGGUUUCAGAGUUCUUAAUAUACUGCACCAAUUUUCGUUAUGUUAUUUCACCCGGUUGAAUUUUUGUAUAAAUGUCCAAGCCCAUGGUUAUCUGACAUAUCAAUCUGUAUAGUAAAAAUGUGGUUAAUUUUAUAACUCAGCUACUAUUUAGUGUAAGAACUAUUGUUGAGUGUGCAUAAAAUGUCAUUUGCUUUUCAAAUAUGUGUAAACCAUUGGAUUUUUUAUUCUGAAACCUUGCUUUCUGAAUAAAUGUUAAAGUUACCCAUUAA